AUGACUACGAAAAAUCGUACAAAUUUUUUAACUAUAAUUUUUUUUCUCCUUUUCAAAGAACCUGUUACAUUGCAUAAAAAACCUUCUCAAUUGGAGAGAAAAAAUUCAGCAAAUCGUCCAUGCAGUGUUACUUAUAAUGUUAAUAAUGAUAUUAUUAAAUAUUAUCCAGACAUUUAUACGCAUUCACCACCGAGAACGCCAUCGGCUAGACAUCGUACUCAAAAACGUGUUCGAUUCGCACUACAGCUGGAAUCUGUACUAGAAGAACCGGCUCAAAUACGUUCAGCGAAUUCAAAAAAUAUAACAAAACCAUGUUUUCGUGAAGAUGGACCAUUUUAUGGACAUUAUUCUGAAUAUAUUGUGAAACAAAACUCAACAUUCACUCAAACAUUACCUGAUAUAGAUAUAAAACCUACAGUCUCACCAAGUCCAAAACCAAAUUAUUAUAUUCUACAAUCACAAAAAAAUAAUCCAGAAAUGACGACAGUUGAUUCAUCAACAAAAACUCCACGUGUAGUACAAAAAGUACCAAGUUUAGGAAAACAUGGAAGAGAGGAUCCACUCCCAUCAUCGCUACUGCAACAGCCACCUGUUCAACGUUCUACUCCUUCUCCUAUCCCUUCUUCUUCUUCUCCUCCUUCUCCCGCUCCUCCUCCUCGUCCACAACCACCAAGACAACAACACUAUCCUAUGAACACAACAAUAUCUCAAAUAGCACCACCCGUUCGGCCACAGAAUCGAGCCGAUUAUGCUCUACCAUCAUUUUCAACUAAUCGUGAACGUGUUAUUAAUCAACAACGAAAAUCAACACCAUUAAUUUCUGAUUACUUCUUAUCAAAUAAAUUAGCUGAAAUUGUUUUGCAACCACAAGAUAAUCACACAAGUGAACUUGUUGAACACUGGAAUCAACAAUGUUUAGCAGGAAAAAAUCCAAAUGGAAUGAAAAAAACGUUGACAGCAUCACAAAAACCAAUGUUAGAAAUGGGAGGACAUGUAUUAAAUAAAUAUUAUAUGACAACACCAACACGUUCUGAUAUUUUAACUCAGACAGUUCAUACACAUCGAUAA